GUCGGUUAAAGACAUUACAAUUGAAAAGAUUUAAAAAACAAUAAUCAAAAAAAGCAGACCUUUAAACAAAAUAAAAACGAGUUUUAAAUAAAUUUGUUAAACAAAACUUCUAAAUAUCUUUAUGGCAUUAAAUUCAAAUUAAAACAAAUAAAUAUAAAUAAUACUCGUUAAAUUUAACAACAAUAACCAAAAAAAAGCAAUAAGAAUGAACUGCUGUUCAAUUUCUUAAAAGGAAAUUAAUAAAAAUGUUUAAAUUUAAAUCGUUUAAUGGCAGGCCACAUAUAUCAUUUUCAACACAUUCAGCAACAUCAUCAUCGUUAACGUUGGCAUCAUCAUCAUUAUCAGCGCCUUCUUCUUCUUCGACAUCCGCAAAGUGUUGUUCUCUAUGUCCUUUAUAUAAAAAUAUUUUAUGUUUAAUAAUCGGUUUAAUAAUUGGCAUACGUUUUACUGACAUUUGGUUUAAUUUACAAAAUGAAACAUUAACAACAAUUCUACCAGCAACGGCGACAUCAACAGCAACAACAGCAACAACAACAACAACAACAUUGACAUCAUCUUUCUCUUCAUCAUUAGAGGCGAAUGACAAUUUAUUUAAUACAACCAGAGUUCUCUGUUGGAUUUUGACAAAUCCCACCAACCAUUUAACCAAAGCCAUACACAUCCGUCAUACCUGGGGAAGACGUUGUAAUAAAUUAUUAUUCAUGAGCUCGAAAGAGGAUAACGAUUUGCCCACCAUUAAAUUGGAUGUUGAGGAAGGUCGCGAAAAUUUAUGGAAUAAAACCAGGUUGGCCUUAAAAUAUAUUUAUGAUCAUCAUAUCGAUGAUGCGGAGUGGUUUUUAAAAGCUGAUGAUGACACUUAUGUUAUCAUGGAAAAUUUAAGAUAUUUUCUAUAUCAAUAUCCUCCAGAAGCUGCUAUAUAUUUUGGGGCCAAAUUUAAACGUUUUGUUAAACAGGGCUACAUGUCUGGCGGUGCUGGUUACGUUCUUAGUCGAGAAGCUUUAAAAAAAUUUGCGACUGAAGCCUAUGACGAUCCCGACAAAUGCGGCGAAUCUUAUGAAGCAGAAGAUGUACAGUUGGGCAUGUGUUUAGAAAAUGCUGGUGUAAUAGCCGGUGAUUCUAGAGAUGAAGAAGGUAAUGAACGUUUUCUGCCACUGCCCAUAGAAUAUCUUAUACCGGAAGAUAAAACAUGGUGGUAUAAAAAUUAUUCUUAUUAUCCACAAAAAGAAAAUGCCACUUGCUGUUCACCCAGUGCCAUAUCAUUUCAUUAUAUUGUUGCUGAUCAAUUAUAUGUUUUAGAUUAUUUUUUAUAUACCUUAAGAGUUGUGGGUAUUUAUAAUAAUUUUAUAUUACCUAAGAAAAUACCAUUAUCCAAUAUAUUAACAGAGGGUUUGGAUAAUUUUGAACCUAUACCAGAACCACCGGUUGAUAUAACUUAA